AUGUACGCCGCUCAGAAUAUAACGCCAACAGUUUUGGAUGCCAUGAACGGAAAUGUUUCCGAAUGGUAUAACGAAUGCGACAAUGCCAUUAGAAGGUCAGAAAUAGUUCCUGGAACUUACGAAUAUACAACUGCUGUUUCUUAUGGAAACGUAGGUGAGUUUGGAGAAGGUUCUUCAACAACAGUAGAUAUUGCUUGCGACAGGUUUCAUAUUAUUUCUAUUGACAACUCAUUCUUAUACGUGGAACAAGACAUUGAAAUAAAACCUUCUGCCAAGUUGUCUGACAAGAAAGGUUGCAAUGGAAUUUUCUAUGUCGGAUACCAAUAUGCUCCAGAAGUUUUCAUGGGAUAUAAGAUAUAUUCUAACUCUGACUUAGUUCAAACAGUAACAUGGGCAAACUAUGAAUGGUUCGCUUUGAGAAACUCAGUACAACCACAAGCUAGAGAACAAACAGACCAGUAUGCAACUAUUGAGAAAAUAAGAAGACUUGACCCUAACGUUCCAGGAGUUUAUGUUAACCUUUCUGGUUCAGAUGGAACUGCUGCCACUAAAGUAAAACUGAAACUUAGAGUUCCUUUGUCAUCUUUCCUCAUCUUCAGGUUUUUAAGAUACUUGCCAAACUGGGCAGGAAAAAUUUCUAUCGAACUUACUCCAAGCAAAAAUAACUUAGUCAUUGCACCAACACAAGACCCAUUCACUCUUACAGAC